UACCUACUUAAGGAGUGUAUCCCGGGUGUGUUGUGUGUGAUAUAAGCUCAUAACAUUCGAAAUAAGUUGUUAAAUAAGCUCCAACAUUAGCUCCUAAACAGCGGGUAACAAGAACAGCAUUACAAUGCUACUCUACACUUAUGUGGCUGUUGUUGUGAUGACGUGUACAUCACUACUGUUGUCGGUCGCUGGUUCUAGAAUCGAACUGUCCACGACGCCAGAGAAAGUAGUGCAGGGACUGACGAGCUCGGUAUCCUUGCGCUGCUCCCUGCUCGAUACAACAGAUGUGACCUCAGCACCGGAAAUAGAACUGGAGAGCGACAAAGGUGAGGGUCGCUGUAACCAGGUCACUGAUACGGUAGAGAAUAUCCAAAAUGUUAUUUCCGUGACCUUGUCCAAAGUCGGGAUGACCUUGACACCUUUAGCUACGGUGAGCGUCUUCUCACCACCAGUCUCAGCAUCCACAGGUAACUUGACCGUGACAGGUCACGUGAAAGGUGAGCCGGGGAAAGCACGCGCUACUCUCGAGGUCACGUGGGAUCGCGUGACCCUUCAGGAGCACGGGGUCUACGCCUGCGAGAUCCACGCGCUGACGUCUGCGGGACGUCUGCUCACGUUCGCCAGUCGUCUGGAGCUUGACGUCGUCAGCCCGACGGUGUCGGAGCUCCUGGAACGUCUAGAGCACGUGCAGGCAGAGGUCAAGGUCAGUAGAGCCAUGACGGAGCAGGCGCUGAACGCCACGAAGGAGAUGAAACAGCGCGUGCGAAAACUUGAAAGCUCAGAGCAGGCAUCCUUGUCCGAGCUGAAAGAAACCAAGGCCAAGGUCGCGGAAAUUCAAAGAAAUAUACAUGACCUUGACCUUGCCAGACAGGAAUUACAAAACGGCGUGAGCGACCUGAACGCGACGGUGACCUUGGGCAGAGGUCACGUGGAGCAGGGUUUGGUCCGCUGCGGCCACAGCAUCCACGACUGGGUCAAGGACAAUUCGGGCGGGAAGUUCAGCCUUCACCCCGUGACCUUCAGCCAGUCCUACCCGGUCCCGCCCGCCGUGAUGAUCGCCCCUGUCCAGUUCUGGAUCGGCAACUACCAGGCGAUCACGUUCGGCCUUGAGACCCUCAAUGUCACGGCCACGGGCUUCGUUCUCCGCUGUUACAUGGUCAACCAAGUGACGGACAUUGAUCACCUCAAUGUCCGCUGGUUAAGUACUGCCCUCUAGUCAAUCUGAUGGACUUAUGGUCAACUGCUUCAUGGACAUUGGUCAUCUCAAUGUCCGCUGGUUAAGUACUGCCCUCUAGUCAAUCUGAUGGACUUAUGGUCAACUGCAUCAAGGACUUUGGUCAUCUCAAUGCCCUUGAGUAAAUGUAUUGAAUUGAUUUAAACACUUGCUUGCAAUAAAUGUAAUCCUAAAAUAUUUUUGUUCAUGACCAAAUCCAUAU